AUGCUUCAACUCAAUUGGCCCCAUAUCCACCCACACCCUUCUCAAGAUGCCCUUGAUCACGCAGCCAGUCUCGAAGCCGACUUCGAUGCUCUGGACGCUUGUGUGAAGCUCAGCGUAUCCAAGCAUCACAGACUCCCCUCAUCGUUGCAGACGAAUAUUUUUACAGGAAUUCUCAAAGCCUUGUCCGACCCGGAGUACCCCUACGAAGUUUCUGAAGCGGACAGAACCCUCAUUGGCGCUCUCAUACUCAAGCACAUCACUGUCGAAGCUGCCGAGCGAGCGAGAGAUAGGAUACCUCUACGGCAAUAUCACGACAUCCGCAAGUCCUUCCAAGAGGUCGUUACAAAGCUCAAUGCCGAGGGUAGUCAAGCCCAUCCCAAGACGACGACUGGAAGGCACGAGCGUGGAGCGAACAAUUUUACGGAGCCCAGCCCAGAACUCGAGCCAACACUCGUAACCCGAGGUUCCUGUAGUCGGCAAAGCGAAGCAGUACGGCCAGUGGCGCUCAGCAAUGGGGAUGAUACACGCGAAGGAGCUGGGCAAGCAGACUUCUCUCACGAAAAGAGGCGGGAUGCUACACCGGCAGCCAUUGCCAUCGACCGACCCAAGAAGAAAGGGAGGAAAAGGAAGAAUCAUGAUGGGCUUAGGCAGACAAAAGAAGGGGACAAGGCAAGCGUCGCGGGUGGUGGUGGCAUCUUGGAUAUCAUGGGCAACGAACCCGGAGUCGAAGAGGUGCGAGUCCACACGGACUGGAUAGACAGCGGAGUGGAGACAGACGAUGGCGAGGAUCUCUUGAGAAUGUUCAAGAACAUCGAAGCUCAAUGCGAACACAUCCGUCUGCAGCUGCAAGAUUUUGAGAGCGAGCAACUGAAGGGUUCUGCUAUGUUGCACGUGGUAGACGAGUUUAUGGAGGAAGACGACUCAGGUGUAGACCUUAUGCAUGCAGACACUUUGGUCAACGAUCCAAGUGAUCUGGCCCUACGGCCUAACGAUCAAGCAGACAACCAAACACGAAUUGAACACGAUGAACAAUUCCAGCAAGGUCCGGAGACGGAGCAGGAGGUGGGAGACCCAGACGCGUCCUCUCUCAUCACGUUCAACAUCGAAAAUCAGGCAACUGUCAACCACUUGAACGACAUGGGUUCUGACGGUAUACUACUGAGGCUGUCUAGCUCGCUUGACACCAUGAGGUCUUUAGGGCACGAUGUCCCAGACUCCAUACGUUUCACCGAAGCUAUGUUAUUAGAUAUAGGCAAUGUCGAGGUGCUCGCUCACGCGGGAUCAAAAGAGGACAUGGUGCGACUUAGCAGAAUACGAGGCUGGGACCUUGAGUUCGAGAGGAGCAUAUCUGCGCAGGCCAAAUCUUACGCUGUUGAAACAGCUCGAAUCAGCGUUGACAGUCUGGAUAUGCGGACAAGGAAACACAAAGCCAAGGCGAUCAGAGAGCUCCUAGAGGAAAAUUCACGCGUCGUGGUGUCUCUGCGCUGUGUCGAUGACAUCCACAACAUUCGUUCGUGCCAGGGAUACAAAAAGGAAAGCAGCCUGGUCAUCAAAUUCCGUACCGCCCAGCAAGCUGACGAGGUCCUCCGUUCUGGUAUAUUUGUUCGCGGCAAGCACUACAAAUGUCACCCCGUUGAUCUGCAAAUUCUCCGGUGCGGAAGAUGUCAAGCCUUUGGUCACCAUAGAUUAUGCUGUUCCUCUGCCUACCGAUGCGGGAGGUGUGCGUCGCAGCAUGCUACGUCGGCAUGCACUUCCAACAUCAUACUAUGUGCCAACUGCCACGGCUCACAUGAAGCUAAGGCCGCAACGUGCCCAGCCAGGGAAGCUCACAAGCAGAGACUUCGCUACACUGAUCCUUCCUCGCAAAUAGGGAAGGCAGACCAUGAGGAACGAGCACCAGAACCACGGAGCCAGACAGCGGCCCUUAACCUAUCAUUGCCAAAAUCAAUGCCAAUAACGCCACAUAAUGAAGGAGAGGUCAAGGUCGAGGAAGAUGUGUCGCUCCAAAAUUUUGGCCCUGUGCAAGAACAUCAUCCUCUGAGACACACGUCGAUGCCAGCGAGUUCACAACAUAAGCCGCGCGUCAACGCUGAAGGUAGUGAACACACUCAGGAGUUGGGUCUUGUACAAAAUCAACCUUCAGAACUCACAUCGAUUCAGAGACGACUGGAUGACCUUGAAACGGCCGUCAAGCGACUCUCUAGUCCGCAACGUCAUCCGCGAAGAAAAAAGAGGGGAGCUGACGAAAUGCUUACGGGUGGGCCAUCAUCGUAUGCUAGAAAGCAAACAAGGCGCGCGGCACAAAGCAGAGAUAACUACCCACUUCGAAACCGGAGUCAUCUGCCCACUGACUGGAAUUCCUCACCAUACGCCGUUCCACGUCCAGGACAAGGCUUUGACGAUACUGUCAACGCUGUUGGACUCAACCUGUCAUCAUUCGCGUGGUACCUUUUCCUGCAGCUACAGGCAAUCGCAGGUCUGUGGGAAGAAAGCAGGAUUUUACCGUGGUUCAUGUAA